CCCCGCGCGGCCUGUCUGUCUCGCUCUCUCUGUGUGUGGGUGAGAAGCUCUGCGUCUCGCUCGAACCGCGCUUUCUCUGUGGCUGUGAAGGAAAAUGGCGGACGAGGUUGGAAACGGUGAAGAGCUCGUGCUCCCGGUCGGCAAGGAAGCCGUUGAUCGCCUCAUCCAGGAAAAUAGCGAUAUAUUCUCUGACACGCAAUGUAAAGUAUGCUGUGCCGCUCUGAUUUCUGAGUCUCAGAAGCUCGCACAUUACCAGAGCAAGAAACAUGCAAACAAAGUGCGCCGGUACAUGUCCGGUCAGGAAGGGGAAGAUUAUACUCCAGCAAAGAGGAUGAAGCCUGCUGUUACGGCAACGGAAAGCAGCGAUGACGACAUUAGAAAUAAGUGCUGCCCAAUUUGCAACAUGACAUUUUCUUCUCCUGUAGUUGCUGAGUCCCAUUAUCAAGGAAAAACUCAUGCAAAGAAUUUGAAGAUGAAGAUACAGGGAGUACCUGAAGUUAUGCCAGCUAAGAAGGCUGCAAAACCCGUCGUGACUCCGGUUGCAAAACCCACCACCCCUAAUCCUGCUGCGAAAGUUGACAAAGUGGAUGAAGAUGACCCUGAGAAGUUUUGCAAACUUUGCCGUGCCACAUUUAACAACCCACAGAUGUCACAGCAACAUUACAUGGGCAAAAAACACAAGAAGCAAGAGACAAAAAACCAGAUCAUGACCAUAUACAAAACUGCUGGAAAUUCGCUGCCGCAAUCAGCAGAUAUCAAGCCUGCUGUGCCUGGCUCUACAACUGCCGGGAAGGGAUACUCCUGUGAUAUCUGCAAUAUUGUUUUGAACUCUAUAGAGCAGCACCAAGCUCACAUCAGUGGGUCCAAACACAAGAACCAAUUAAAUUCCAUGUUGCCUUCCUUCUCCAUGCCCUUUGAAGUGGAUUCCAUGUGGAACAGUCGCAAAUCUACUUCAUUGUUUGAGGGCUUUUCAUCUACUGGAAGGUAUUCAACUGCUGGUAGUUUUCCUUCAGCUGGAGGGAAUUCAACUGCUGGUAGUUUUCCUUCAGCUGGAGGGAAUUCAACUGCUGGUAGUUUUCCUUCAGCUGAAGGUUAUUCAACUGCUGGUAGUUUUCCUUCAGCUGAAGGUUAUUCAACUGCUGGUAGUUUUCCGUCAGCUGAAGGUUAUUCAACUGCUGGUAGUUUUCCGUCAGCUGGAGGUUAUUCAUCUAUUGGUGGUCUUUCGUCUACUUCAGAUUACUCUUCAUCUACUUCAGGUUACUCUUCAUCUAAACCGUUUUCAUCAACCAAAGGUUAUUCGUCAUCUGGAGGUCUUUCAUCUUCAAGAGAUUAUCCUUCUAGACGUUUUUCAUCUUAUGGAAAUUAUUCAUUAGGUGGGGGUUAUUCAUCAACUACAGGUCUCUCAUCAACCAGUAGCUACUCUUCUUCCGGAAGCCUUUCGAGGGGAUCUGGAACAUUGAGUGGCUACUCUUCAUCCGAGCGCCUUUCAGGGGGAUCUGGAACAAGGAGUAGCUUACUAUCCCCUCCAUAUCUUUCAUCACGAUACAAUCAGCCAUAUGUUCGGGAAGACGUGAGGAGAUCCGAUGGUUACAGCUGUUUCAAUAAAGACUACUAGAGCAGAUUAACAUCUGUGUUGGUUAUUUCUGUUUAAAUUACUAGUCAGAGAUAAGUUGUUAGCCUUACCUCUGCCCUUCUUGUUUUCACAUAUUUCAGAAAAGCUUAUGUAGAUCUGAAAUUUUUCAUCAAAGCAGGAUUCAAUACCCUUGGCUGUUAUGGGCAUCAUUUAUUUUUAUUUUAAUCUCCCCCUCCCAUUUGUUUGCUAAUCCUGCAUUGGUUUGAGUGAUUUAUGGAUAUGUACAAGUGGUAAUAAUGUUUGUCUCUAAACUUUGUAAUGGUCACACACAAAACAUGCAAUGUCCUCAAAAAUCUGUCUGCAUUCAUAGCAUUGUGCUGUUUAAUUGACCUAUUCAGAAAACCCACCCCUUAUGUUCCACCACCUUGUGUUACUGAACUAUACUAGUUUUUUUUUUUCUUUUGACACUAUAAAUACUGAUUAGUCUAUAUUUUGGAUAAAAUAUAAUUUGUUCUAUAAGUGGUUUCACAUUGGUUUGUCAAGUGUCUGACAUUUUUGUGAAUUAACCACUAGGUGGCCCCUAGAGUUCUGGUGGUGUAGCUAUAAACCAUAAAAGUAUAGCCCUCUUUUGAACCAGUGGCAUGUAAAGUUUUGUAUACAGCAAGCGUUUGGUGGUAGAGUGAGUAGGAUAGAUUUGGGUGAUUUGUGUUCUCUUACCAUUUAUUUUCUUCGAGAUUUCGGCAGCCUACUCGAUGAGUAUGUACAUUUUUGUUUUAUUAUUUUAUGAGUAUUUGAAAGUACCUCCAUAUUUUAACUUUUGGUCAUGCAAACUAUGAAAAUUACUUUUCCUGAUCUUUUUAGUGACCAUGUUUGUAGAUGAAUUAAAUUAAACCUCUGAGUUUUUUGUAUUUUUAAACAAUGUGUUAUUUUUUUUUUUCCACUCUGGUUUGAUCACAUGUAACUUUUAGUUUACGCUCACAAAGGGAUUCCCUUUUUGUCUCAGAUUAUGUAUCUUCUAAGUGAAUGAACGCAAGGUUAAGUAAAUACAUAACAGUAGAGAUGUCCACUACAUGCUGAAAAAGAGCAUAACUAAAAUGUAAUAACUAAUGCUAUCCCACCAAAACAUGAUUGUGUUGUGGUUGUCUUGCAGUGACUUUUGAUAAAACAUUGGUUUGUACUAAUGAUAUCUUUCCACUGUUAACACUGUACUGUAAUUUGCGCUGCAAAAUUUUUACUGUAGAAUGCAUCUGUUCUCAAACGUUUUUCAUUAUAUUUCCAUUUCAUUUUUUGCCUUUUUUUUUUUUAUCCUUAUUUGUCUUUGUUUCCAUAGCUUUUUGUGAGCGAGCCAGUGGGAUAGUACUAUUUUGGCACCAACAUGCACAAUUCCUUUUAGACCUGCAGCGUUGUACUCUUCUCUGACUGUGAAAGUUAUUUGUGUCUCUUUUAAACUGUCAUCAAGUCUUCACUUCUUGGUUUGUUUGUUUUUAAGUUUCACAUAUGCUAAAGCAUAUAUAUAUUUUUUUAAUGAUGUACGGAGCAAUCACAGCAACAGUCAAGUUAGGUUGAGGAGAAGCAGUUGGUCAGAUAAUGGUAGAAUCUGACCUAACAUAGCUGCUUAGCCUGAUUAAAAAACUUUAAAAAGUGAUGUUUUCUAAAUGUAGAAAAAAAACAACAAAGAAACUUGAAGUGAAAUUUUGAUGAGUUAUUUGUUAGUUUUUUUUAUUUUUUAUUAUUAUUAUUAUUGGGGGGUUGUAAGAGAACACCAAAACCGACAUUAAAGUGCUGUGAUAGAGAGGAAAAUCUAAAUGUAAUUUAUAGUACAAACAGGGAAAUUUGUAGCGCUUUAGAAAACAAAAGGGAGAUCUAAAAGUUAUUAAAUUAUAAAUUCAUUACUGAAGUCUACAUAACUUGUCUAUAUUACGUCAUUUAUUUUCACUGGUAAUUAAAAAAAAAAAAAAAAUUGACAGUUUUCCUUUAAGGGGGCUGUUGCAUUCUGAUACCAUAAAUAAACUCCCCUGCGAGAAAUUAAACCAGUUCUCUGUUUUCCUAGGAUGCUAAAAUAAUUGUUUCAUGAUUGCAAUAAUAAGGCUUGAUUUUGGAUGCAAUUACCUGCUCCAGUGAUGGAACCUCAGAGAAGGUUACUGUCAUUAAAUAACCCUUAUGUUUAGAUAAACUGCUUGUGCUUAUUCCCUUUGAACAGAGUAGGAUGUUGCCCAAGUUAACAGAGUGACUGAAUUAGAAAAGAAUUCAGGUCCUGUUGCCCAUGAAGCUAAUUUGAAGUGCUCUCACACCUGUUCAGUAGUAGCAGCUGUGGCUCUCGAUCGGGGUUGGUGCAUUCUCUGGAAUGGAGUGGGUAUUGAUGUUUUCAUGUGCUUUAUCUGACUCCAGUGCCCUGGCAGUACACAGUUUGUAUCUAGGACUAAUUUUUAUGUUCACCUGUUCUAUACAGUUUUCUGCAUUUCUUUUAUUGCUCUGUAUAAUGAGGCAGGCUAGAAGACAUAUUUACUAAACACAUCCGUAUAUCACCUUUCAAAUUAAUAUCAUUCAUGAAGUAAGCAAAACCAGCUGUACUAUAUCAUUUCCAUGUGCAUUCCGCCUGUACAAAAUGUUUGUGUUCGUAAAUUAAACAUAAACGUGCUUUA